AUGGCCGCGGUUGCAAUGAAAAUAGCUCUUAUGUUUUUGAUCAUUGUGUGUAUCAAAAAGCCGUCUUUUACUAAUGCAAGUUCUCAAUGCUUGUACAGUGAUGCGGAGCAGUGUAUUAGUCAGUAUUUUGAAGGAAAAGAACUAUUCUUAACAACGUCCGUGUGGAAUAUAUGUCGUGGAAAUUGCUCCAGACUACCACCGAAGUCGCUUUUACAAAUUCUGCUAAUUCUCGCAGGUGAUGUAGAAUUAUGUCCUGGACCUCGUAUGAGAUGUGGCGACUGCAAGAAAUGCUUCCGAAGAAACACUGAUAAAGUUUCAUGUACCAUCUGCAGUAAUGUCUUUCAUUUGAGAUGUUUGUGUAAUGAUAUUUUCCGAACGUGUUUAACUAAUGGCGGUAGUGAGAUUCAUCCCGAGGAGUAUCGAUUGCCGGAAUUGGAAAGAUUGUCAAAUAUCCGUGGUUUUAAGAUCCUACAUCAAAACAUUAGAGGUUUAUUUGGUAAGAAGGAUAUUGUUUCUGAGAUUCUCGCAACCAAUAUCAUAAACAUAUUUUGUGUUAGUGAAACGUUUAUAACAUCAGAUACACCGGCGUGUUGUUUCAAUAUAACAGGAUACUCCUAUGAGCAAAAAUGUCGUUUGAAAGGAUCUGGCGGUGGAAUAGGUGUGUAUAUAAAGGACGGGACUCCCUAUACUCGGCGUUCUGAUCUUGAAAACGAGAAUAUAGAGUGUAUAUGGCUAGAAAUCUGCUUCCCACAUGCAAGAAGCCUGUUAAUUGGUAUAAUUUAUCGACCCCCAAAUACCUCUAACUAUUUGCAAGAUAAUUUUAAUCUUCUAUGGGAAGACAAUUUGAUAACUGCCCUAGCGGAAAGUAAAGAAACUAUUAUCACUGGUGACAUAAAUUGUGAUUAUCUAAAGAGAAAUGACAACUUGGAAUUGAAGGAAAUUUUCAGCUCAAAUGGCUUUUCACAACUUGUAGACAAGCCGACGCGCAUUACUGAACACGGCAAGACACUUAUCGAUGUUAUUCAAUCAACAAAUCCAGAAACAAUUGCAAGGGUUGAAGUUAUUCCCUCGGGUUUAAGUGACCACGAUAUGGUUGGAUGCGUUCGUAAAUUAAACCAUCAUAAAUUUCCUCCAAAGCUAAUUAAAUGCCGAAAUUAUUCAAGGUACAAUCCAAAUGAUAUGUGCUCUGAAUUGUCUGAAUCUACGCAGUGGGACAAUGUGUAUAGUCAUUGUGAUCCUAAUCAAGCAUGGCUUUCAAUGAAAGAUAUACUUACUAGCAUUAUAAACAAAUAUGCACCGUUCUUCACAAAACGAGUUAAGGGGAAACCAUGUCAAUGGCUUUCAGCAAAUACCAAGAAAGAAAUGAAUAUGAGAGAUGGCUUAUUGAGGAAAGCCAGGAGAUCCGGCAGUGAAAAUGAUUGGUCAACAUAUAAGCGAAAGCGAAACCAAGUAAACAAUAGCGUUAAGACUGAUAAAAGAAAAUAUUACCGACAGCUAUUGGAAGCGAAUGCAUCAGAACCCAAAAAGUUUUGGAAAACUAUAAAAGAGGUUUUUCCUGUAAACAACGUAACAAAUAAUACAACCUCGUCUCUCGUUCUGUUCGUUUUUCUCUACGAUUGCAAACAAGCUGAAAUUAGCGGUUUUCCCUUUGACGAACUUUGUAUGGAAGCAUCAGACCUCUAAUGAGGACAUAGUCACACGGUUUAGUUUCAAACAAGUUCAGGUUAGUGAAGUUUUAAGAAACUUAAAAAAUCUAAAGCGCAAGAAGUCAGUUGGACUUGACGAUUUACCGCCUGGCCUUUUUAAAGAUACCGCAAAUGUGAUUGCAGAACCCUUAACUUAUAUUAUCAAUUUAUCAUCGAAUACUGGGAUCAUUCCAAUUGAUUGGAAAAAGGGUAAGAUUAUACCAAUUUAUAAAUCGGGAUCUGCUAAGGAUAUUGACAACUACAGACCAAUUACCAUUCUACCAAUUGCUUCAAAGAUUCUUGAGAAGUGCGUGCACUCGCAAGUGUUAAAUCAUUUAGAGGAGAACAAAAUGUUAUCUGACUCUCAAUUCGGUUAUCGGCCUCAUAGGUCAACGGAACUCGCUUCAACUCUUUUUCUUGAUAAUAUCAGGAAAAAUAUGGACAAAGGUCAACUGACUGGAGCAAUCUUCAUAGACCUUCGUAAAGCUUUUGACACUAUUAGUCAUUCAUUAAUUGUGUCGAAGUUACCAAAUUAUGGAAUUUCUGGAAUAGAAAAAGAGUGGUUUACAAAUUACCUAUUUGCGCGUGAGCAGUGUGUUUCUGUAAAUGGUGAACAAUCUUCUUUUAAACCAGUUAACUGUGGGGUUCCACAGGGUUCAAUCCUUGGCCCCCUAUUAUUUAUCAUGCACUUUAACGGAAUAGUUGCAUCUUUGAACAAUUGCAAGAUCCUUAUGUAUGCGGAUGAUACUGUAAUUUAUUACUCUCACAAAGAUAUUGAAGUAAUAGAAAAGAAAUUACAGGAUGAUUUGGCCAGUAUCACAUCGUGGCUUCAACAAAAUCAACUGAUUAUCAAUAUGAAAAAAGGGAAAACAGAAAGUAUGCUAUUUGGAACUGGAAAACGGCUGAGUACUUUGAAUGGCCGUCAAAUGAACCUAGAAUGCAAUGGUUCGAAGGUUAACUUUACGUCACACUAUAAAUACCUUGGAGUUCACUUAAAGUCAAGCCUAAACAUGAAUGAUCACGUGAAUAAGGCGUUUAAGAAAGCUUCAGGAUAUCUUAAACUUCUGGCAAAAACUCGCUCUUUCCUUUCUACGAAAGCAUCUCUGGAUAUAUAUCGGGCUAUGGUAAUUCCUGUACUAACCUAUUGUUCUUUAGUGUGUACGUGCUCUACGACCACACAAAAGAAACGGCUCGAGAGCUUUGAGAAACGAGCGGCUAGAAUCAUAUUUGGAACGUCAGAGGAACAAGCAUCAAAUAGAAUGCCUUCGGUAGAAACAAUCCAAAAGAAGAAAUCCUGCAUAUUGACUUUUAGAUGUUUAAACAAUGUGUGUCAAAACUUCUUAAAUUAUUUCACUUUGAUUGAUUCUAAAGUAGCUACUAGAAAUCUGGGUUUUAGUAUAAAACUCCCGAAAGUGAAACUUGAAACCGCAAAGAAGGGUUUCUACUUCAACGGAGGAAAACUUUAUAAUGAAUUACCUCUGGAAAUUCGUAAAUCUGACACUUUGCGACUUUUUACGAAGGGACUGAGUAAGCACUUAGCAAUUUAGUUCCUACGAAUGACUUCUUCGACUUUUUUAACUUUUCUAUUCUAAUUAAUUUUUUAAUCGUAAAAUUGAUGUUGGUAUACAUAAUUAUAAAGAUGGACUUUUAGCUUUUUAGGUUUAGACUAUUAGUAAACAGGACCUCUGUUAAUAACAGUUUGUGAUUUUUUCACAUAACUGAUGGAGUUUUUAUCCUGUAUAUAAAUUCGUUUAAUAAUAAUAAUAAUAAUAAUAUUUAAAACAAACUUACCUUCGUUAACGUCGGUACCUUUACUCCCUUAUUUUAGCAAUUCUUUCGCCUUUUUUCUCAAAACGUUUUUUAAACUUACUUACCAAAGUCUUGCAAAAAUGAAAUAUAUUUGCAAGAAAUCAUCAAGUCAUCCAAUCAAGAAAUGUUCGCUAAUUUCGCUGUCGUCAUGCAGUCGUUAUAACGCAGAUUUUAAAUUGGACCAAUCCAAUCAGUGUUCGGUAUUCAUGACAGUCCUAUGAGACGCCAAAUAUGACAAAAUAGAUCAUAGUUGUGUGAUAUAUAUUACUGCAAAUAUAUACAGUAUAACUCGUGAUGAAUAAGUUACUCUUCCAAAUAUUUAAAUAUUGUAAGCGCGUGAUACACAUCACAAAUCAUGGUUUAUAUCACAACUCGUGAUAUAGAUCACAUUUCAGCUCGUGAUAUAGGUUACAAAUCAUGGUUUAUAUCACAACUCGUGAUAUAGAUCACAAUCCACAAUGCAGCUCGUGAUAUAGGUUACAAUUUCGCGUUCGGAAUUACUUCAUCUUAUGACCCAUAUAGUGGACGGAAGGCUAUUUUAUAUUCCGGGGGGGGGGGGAAUGUUUCAAAUUUUAAAAUGUUUUCAGGGUUUCAAAAUGGGGCCAUGAAUGGACCUUUCCCCUUAUAACUAAAAUUUUGAUCAAAUCUAGCCAAAAAUUUUAUCCAGCUUGAAAGAGCAUCACAAAAUUAGUAAUAUUCCAAAGUUUCGUUGCGAAAUGUUGUAAAAUGCGGAUAAUAUAGCCUUGCAAAAUUUGCAAUUUUCAGUCAUUUUGUAUUACAAACGCGAAAUUGAUACUCAACACCCAAUUGGGCUGUCAAUUUCCCGUACGUAAUACAAAAUGACUGAAAAACGGCAAACUUCGCAAUAUUAUUUUGUGACGCUCUUUCAACCUGUGAUGAAAUUUUUCUCUAGAUUAAAAUGGUCCAUACAAGCCCAGAAAUAAACAUCGAGGCUUUCUUGAGAAAUAUUCCAAAUCAAAUUACAGAGGCGCGUCGUCAAUUAUUUUGUGACAAUACUGUUGUUGAGUUUAUCCAGCGACGCCUAGAAGACAAUUUAUUUGUGUAAAUAUACUUCUCCAGCGUGCAAUAGAACGCAUUGACGAUCGACAAAUUCAGAAUGAUCUUGGUAUUUUGGUGUCUGAAUUGCAAUCAUUGUGCAAUAGUUACGACGCGUUUUGGAUCAGAAAUGAGAACUUAGCUAACCCGCUGAGUUUUACUUGUCCAUUCAGAAGGAAUUGUUCAAAAAGGAAGAAGACGAUACAGUCUGCUGCAGAAUGCUUUGACCAACUUACAUGGGAUACACCGCAGCUGAUGGUCUCAAGUUGCUGCGGAAAUUGGAGUGAGCUACCGAACUAUGUCUAUAUUACGACGACGCCACGAGUACCGCUUACCAGUCAGCAACACAAGUGGGCCACGAAACACGUUUACUGAAAUUACCCAUACUGAUUUGUGUAAUGUUGUUCGAGAGGUUCUCCAGAUUUACCUAACGCUGGUGAAACGUUUGUGUUGGGCGCCCUAGGGCAACCAAAUAUUCAUAUUCAACGAUGGAAAGUGAGAAAUGCAAUUUGCAGUGUAGACCCUUUAAGUCGUGCUUUGAGGCGAAGUGUUGCCAUUCUACGCCGUGUUUACAAUGUUCCAUGCCCUAAUGCAUUGUGGUAACUUUUGUGUACACCACCACAGAGUAGAGACAUACAGAGUUAUAACUACUGUGCCCAUUUUUUUGUGCGCAUGCUCGGCAAGUUACUAGAUGCAUGCAUCCAAUUGCAUGACGACUCACUUUAACUGCUCGCGGAACUUGCACAGUUGAUCAUUUUUUGCCCGGUCACCUGAAAAAAGUGGGUACAUGAAAACGUAAGCUUCCGCAGUGUUUACGACGGUCAGUUACAGCUCAAAAUCGAAGGCGCGAAGCAUCAACAAUGAAUAUGUCGUCCAAUUAAUGGUCCAAUGUAAUGUCCCCCCCCCCCUCCCCCGGAAUAUAAAAUAGCCCUCCGUCAACUAUAUGGGUCGUAAGAUGAAGUAAUUCCGAACGCGAAAUUGUAACCUAUAUCACGAGCUGCAUUGUGGAUUAUGAUCUAUAUCAUGAGUUGUGAUAUAAACCAUGAUUUGUAACCUAUAUCACGAGCUGAAAUGUGAUCUAUAUCACGAGUUGUGAUAUAAACCAUGAUUUGUGAUAUAUAUCACGCGCUUUCAAUAUUUAAAUAUUUGGAAGAGUAACCUAUUCAUCACAAGUUAUACUAUUAUAUUUGCAGUAAUAUAUAUCACACAACUAUGAUCUAUUUUGUCAUAUUUGGCGCCUCAUACAGUCCGCUAUAUUAUGAGACCAGUGAGGAUGACCACCCACCCAUGAUUCGCUAAUGCUUUCCGUUACCCGGGAGUAAAUAGCCGGGCGGUAUUAGUACCCUCGCCCCGGGCUUACGCCCGAAACGCCGCUCCGCACCGUUGGCUGGGGGAUUAAUUAAAACUCCUACCAUUUUCUUGGAAAUAACAAUCGGGAUUUGCUCCCACAUUAAAGCAGCAGGUUUUCGGACAUUGAUUUGAUGACGAAACACUAUCAUUAUCACAUUUCAGUCUUCUUCCUGAUGACAAUUCACAUGGCACGACUACAAAAUAUGGAAAUUGUAUAAUCCACCUUUCCGACUCUCAAAAACAUGUGGCAUUCCACGUGUAUCAAAUAACAAGGACUCGGACAAAGAAACUCGGAAGAGACUAUAAUUUACUAUAUCGCGGGUGACAUAUCACGUUGUUUAACUGCUUAUGAAAAGCUAUGGAAUAAAGGUUAAAAGUGCAAUGUGUUGGUAGUCAUGUCAUCCAAUAGCUCGGACUCAAAAACAUUAAAACUCAACUCUGUGAGCGUUGUGUGCUUUAAUCGAAUUUGCGGUUGAAAAAUUGAUGCUUCCCAUUGUCAUUGAUCUAGAUUUUAUGAAAGGGAAAUUAGGGAGAAACACUGGUAACAACCAAGACAUAGAAUUUUACUAUUCAUGCCGGGGCGCACAUUCAAAACAAAUUUGGGGGUGUCAUAUAUUCUGGGACCGACUUUUGUAGUAUUUUUGUUUGGUAAGGAAAGCCAACUAUUUAAGGUGUAAAUUGCGGAUAGAGGCAUAGACGGUAAGACGGAGAUAGUAUUCCAAGAGUUUAAAUAAACGUUCAGUUUUUCAGAACUUUUGCAGUGGUCUAAACUUUCGGGGGGAGCGCCAAAGGCGCGAGGAAAAUUUUGAAUUUCUAGAUUCAUUAGAACGCUAUUUUACGUAUUUUAGGAUGAGGUUUGAAGGAAAGUUAGAACCACAAAAGGCAUUUUAAGUCGCCUAAUGUUGUUAGAUCGAAAAUAUAUUUAUGUAAAACCUGAUACACCUGUACUGUACACGCAAAUACAACAGCAAAAUAGCAUGAUGUCUUCGUUUUUGUAGAAGUCGGUCAUGAGUGCUGCUUUGAGCGCAAAUUCAAGUUCAAAUGUGCUUUGAAACAACCAUAGGCAUUUUUACUGGAGUUAGGAUUCUAGGUAGGGAAGACUUCAACUUUUAUUGGCAAACAGAAGAGAUGGGUAUCAUUAUUCACACAACCUACCCCCACCCCAAUUUCUGCCCGGAUUUCAGCUUUCCACAAGGGCAGUCCUUCUGCCCAUUUCAGAGCUCCCCGAGCCCCCAUGUUGGCUACGCCGCUGAUUUACUUCUGCUUUUCAAAGUUUUAGCUUUUGCGACAAGACUAACAAUGCGCAUUUUAACUGCACCGCGGGGGCUUGAGGUAAUAGGAUCGCAUUACGUUGGCUGAACUGUUGCAACACGGAAGUUGAUUAUUUGCUGCUAGUAUAAUAUAAUUGAUCUCUUGAUUUGUGUCAGUGAACUCUAAUUUGUGUAUGCGUACGCGUUUUUCUGAUGUUUAUGCAACUUCCAUUUCCAAAAUGUCCACCGAUAUUACUUUUUCGACACAAAAUGAUAAUAUCUUUCAGAUUUUAGCCGGACCGACCUUUUCGUCCCAUUCAGGUUUCGGGACCGACUUUUUUUAUAUAUUUCACAAAACAUGGGGGGUGUCACACCCCCCCCACACCCCCCUAAUGUGCGCCCCUGAUGCUUGAACAAAGUUUACAAAGGUACUCUUUUUAACUGCAUGAGUGACCAUGAGUGGGGGCAUUCUUCGCUUGACGAGAAAAGUUAUCUGAUGUUAGACAAAGUAUAAAAUUCAUAAACUAAGAUGCAAAAUUGCAACUUAGGAAUCGCACAUUAUUUAUUGUGCAGGGGGACUGAGGAGAAACUCUACAGUUAUAAUAUUUUUUCUUUACCCCCCUCUUAUUUAGACAAGUAGAAUUUUCAAAGCACCCUACAACAGGAAAAACAAGAACAUAAAUCCUGGAGGUCCCCCCCUCAUUGGCUAUUAGUAAAACACGGAGCACGGAGCACACGGAGCACGGAGCACACGGAGCACACGGAGUACGGAGCACACGGAGCACGGAGCACACGAAGUACGGAGCAGUAGAAAAACGAAAAUCCUUUAUAAUAAAAUACACUGUUUACUAUUACAAUUUUUUGUUAUUAUUAACAAAGUUUUUUUCGCGUAUUACACGUUGGGGAAGUAGGAAAAUGAGGCUUUUACUGAAAAACACAUAUGAUGCAAAACCAGGCUGCCAAAAGCCAUAGUAUUUAAAAUGGGAUUGUGAAACUCGUUAUCUUACAUCUAUCAAGCUUAUGUAGUUAUAUUAUAUUCCGAUGGGCAACACAUAAAGAAACACUUACUGUAGAGAACAGCCGAUAUAUUUCGUUACCCCUGCCAAAAAAUAGCCAAGUAUACUCAUCUUUCAAUGUAGCGGAUCGACUGAACAUUAAAUCUUGUGAUGAGAAAAGUGAAUUUUCGGUUUAUCCUUCGGCUCAGUGACCGGUGGCAGUGAGCUGUACGGCCGGCUAAGUUUAAACCGUUAUACAGUACAUCAUUACUGCUUUCAUUCUUUCAAUUCGUUUUGAAUAUUCGGAAUCAUUCACAAUAUUAUAGAACUGUAUAAGAUAGCUGUAGAACUAUAAAUGCUGUAGAAUGAAAUAAAUAAAGAAAAGUAAGUUUUCAAAUCGCGGUAUUUGCCGAUAAAUCGGUAAUCGCUACAGAAAAACAGAACAAAUUACAGUAUUAAAAUCACAACAAACAGCGGAAGUGGGACAAUUUUUGUAUUUUUACUGUAAGACAUGUAGAACAUGUACGAAAUCCAUACAGAAGUGUGUGUGUAUUCUAUACUUUUGAAACAACUAAAUCAGACUUCGGAAAAUUUGACCGUAUUAAAGCUGCUUUUGGGAAUUUAGAUUUUAGGUCUUCGUUUUACAUGUACCCAGACCAGUAAAUAUUUUUGAGUUUUGAAUUUUGUGUAUAAAUCAACACCAACGCCUCAAAGGCGAAAAGGAGGGCAAGAUUGUUAGAAUUGCUAUUGUAAACAUGAGCAGUUUCGAGCAUAAACAUAAUAUUGAAACGAGUAAUUUUUACACAUCUGAUUGACUAAAUUCAGGAAGCCAUUUAAGUGUACGCGUAUUUGUUACAAUUCCGAUCAACUCUGCCGUGCAGCACGGCAGAGCCAGAGUAAAUUGUAAACAAAUUGUAAGUUUGUGAGAAUCAGAGUUCAAAACUCAAAAAUAUUUACUGGGUACAUGUAAAACAAAGACCUAAAAUCUAAAUUCUCAAAAGUAGCUUUAAUACUGUCAAAUUUUCCGAAGUCUGAUUUAGUUGUUUCAAAAGUAUAGAAUACACACACACUUCUGUAUGGAUUUCGUACAUGUUCUGCAUGUCUUACAGUAAAAAUACAAAAUUGUCCCACUUCCGCGGUUUGUUGUGAUUUACUGUAAUUUGUUCUGUUUUUCUGUAGCGGUUACCGAUUUAUCGGCAAAUACCGCGAUAAAACGUAGUUUUCUUUAUUUAUUUUAUUCUACAGCAUUUAUAGUUCUACAGCUAUCUUAUACAGUUUUAUAAUAUAAUAGUGAAUGAUUCCGAAUAUUCAAAACGGAUUGAAAGAAUGAAAGCAGUAAUUAUGUAUAACGGUUUAAACCGGCGUAGGCCGUACAGCACACUGCUCACUGGGACGAAGGAUAAACCGAAAAUUCACUUCUCUCCAUGACAAGCUUUUAUAAUGUUCAGUCGAUCCGCUACAUUGAAAGAUGAGUACUUGGCUAUUUUUUGGCAGGGGUAACGAAAUAUAUCGGCUGUUCUCCAUUUGAUUGCAAACAGUUGUUCCGAAAAUGAAUUGCUUAUUAACCCGGGAAAGACCAAAUACAUGCUGAUUGGCACACGGCAAAACCUACAACAACUUCCCGUAGAUAUGACCAUAAACUUCCUCAACGAGACUAUUACCCCCGUCUCCUUUGCCAAAGAUCUAGGAAUGACAAUCGACUCUUAUUUGACAUAUGACCAGCACAUCACCAACCUGGUUUCUUCAUGUAUGAAUUCCCUGUGCCAAAUAAACCGAGUCAAAAAAUGUUUCGAUAAAGAAGCUUUAACUCUCAUCGUCUCGGCACUUGUAAUGAACAAAAUGUUCUAUUGUUCAACGGUUUGGUCAAACACUUCGUCUACCAACAUUAAGAAACUACAGUUGGUACAAAAUUUUGCAUGCAGGAUAAUAACAAAUAUUGGAAAGUUCGACCAUAUUUCGCCGGGCUUACGCGAACUUAACUGGCUCCCAGUAAAGGAACAAUUACUACUAAGAGAGGCUAUUAUGAUGUACAAAUGUGUCAAUGAACUUGCUCCACAUUAUUUGAGCGAUUUAUUCACAAAACGUUCUGACAUUCAUCAACGAGAUACACGUAGCCAUGACUCAUUGCAAAUACCAUUGUACAAAACUUCCGCAGGUCAAAGAUCCUUUCAUUAUAGAGGCGUUACACUCUGGAAUGAUUUGGACAUAAAGUACAAAAAGUUAGACUCCCUAAAAACUUUCAAAAACGAACUGAAGCGAAGCAUGCUAGAACAAAUAUAUAAGUAGAUAGUUUUACCUUGUUAAACUUUAUACAAAUGUCUUACCUUUUUACCUUAAUUUAAAUUCUAGAUUCUAAAACUUGUAAAUAGAACAACAUUUAUUUUUUGUAAAUCAGUGUUGAAAAUCCCUAUUUAGGGAACACAAUAAAGUAUGUAUGUAUGUAUGUAUAACUACAUAACUCAUAAGCUUGAUAGAUAUGUGACGAGUUUCACAGGCACAAUCCUAUUUUAAAUACUAUAGCUUUUGGCAGUUUUGCAUCAUAUGUGCAGUAAAAGCCCCAUUUUUCUACUUCCUCAACGUGUAAAACGCGAAAAAACUUUAUUAAUAAGAACAAAAAUUUGUAAUAAAAAUUUGUAGUAAACAGUGUAUUUUAUUAUAAAGGAUUUUCGUUUUUCUUCUGCUCCGUAGUUCGUGUGCUCCGUGCUCCGUGUGCUCCGUGUGCUCCGUGUUUUACUAAUAGCCACUAUAGCACUCGUCCUUCAGACUCGUGCUAUUUUGAUGAGUACUCUUUGAAAAACUUACUCGUGCAUGUUUUAUCCAAAUUGCACUCGAAACCAUCCUAUCACCUAUACAUAUAGUGCACAUGAUGUAGACUGUGUUAGAGAACAAGCCAGACGAAGGACCUUCGCUCGAAAGGUCGAAAUUCUCCUGAUAUUUUUCAGGUAAUUGCAUCCCUACCAACGAAAGCUUGUUCAUAUUAUUGGCACUAUACACCUACACUGGCACAUGCAGACAGUCCAACAUGUGUUAAAAAACACAGCAGUUAGAGAGUUGAGUUGACGCUCUUGAAGACUUAAGUAAAGUUUUCGAGCAACAUGCAUGCAGUUGUGUAUAUGUGUUCAUUUGGCGAUCCUAUAUCUAGCAAAAAGCAAUCUGUAUGGCAUGAGGUAACAAUCACAAGUUUUCAAUUAAUGUUUAACAUACCUUAUUAGAAAUGGUAUAGCAUAUUUGUCCUGAAAAAGUCAAGUUUAAUUAGUAUAGAUAUGACAAGGGGUCUGUGUAAGGCCGCGGGAGACACCACAACUAAAUUCUCAAAGCUCCCUUCUAAAUUCCAUUUUCUUCCAUUGAAUGUUUUGCUUAUAUUUCAGAGAAAAGCACUUUGAUAUAUAUAGUUAAAAAAGGCCAUGUUUUUAUCGCUAACCCUACUUUUUUACAUGGCUAACCCCACCGUUAAUUAGAACAUUAGAUAACAAACUAAUUAAAUGUCUAUAUAAUUCAAGAUGGCGGACAGCACAUUGAUUUCAGUCAAAGUAUUUACAGAACUAAGCAAGAUAUGAAAAAUCAGUAUUGUUUUACAUAUACAAAAUUUUAAAAUAUCUAUCAAACGAUCGAGGCAAACUUUCAUUGCAUGCCAUAUCCUUUAAGGAUACAGGUAAAAACAUGCAGUACACACCUGCAUUUGUCCAAGGCAGUAGGCACAUUCAUGUUUCAGUAACGCCGAGUCAUGCUCAAAACCUAUCAAGUGGUAAGUAUACAAUAUUCAGCCGGAUGACACUAAAUCAACUAAAGGGUGUAACAUGGCAGCAACAUGCAUAAAGGAUGACAUGGCAUCUCGUUAGAUGACAUCUCGAUAAGACUAGCAGCCUUAUGGAUUUAAUUCCUUAUAGAAGCUUUGAGAAUUAACUUCUCUUUUAAUGGCACCAGCCACUUUCGAAAAAUAGUCUAUCUUGUUCUAUAUUUUAACCCAUUAAGCUGCAGCGCGCCCGAAUGCGCGUCACUUUACUAUCAGUCUGUCUAACGCCAGGCUAUUUUACUCGUCAAGAGAAGAGCACCGGCGCUCAAUGUGUUAAUCAGACUAUCUGCCCAUGUGUCUAGUUAACCCAUGAAUAUGAUUAUGUUACAUUGCACCCUACUUUGUGACAAGAAUAGAAACAAAUUCUCUGUUUAUCAUUCACCUUAAUUCGUUAACCUGCUUCAAUAUAACUACAGUACCAUAUACAUUGUAAAAGCAAAUAACAGCGUAGUUUAAGUUAAUAAGAAGUAAGUGCAGCUGUUUUGCUAAUGCUGUGUAAUGCUGUGGUCACAGCUAAUUUUACGUUCUUGAAUGUGUUCGAUUUCGCGUUCUAGUGAGUUAAACAAGGUCACGUUCUAGAAUGUGUUCGAGGUCGAGCGUAGUAUUUGCGUGAGAAGUCAUUCAGAAUUGUCCGCAACUUUGGAUCGUCUUAUAUAGGAACAAACAGGUUCAGAGAGCUUUUUGCAUUAGUUUAACUUUAGCAUAUAGCCUAUCGGAUCAAUUGGAGGUAUGUGCGACCUCACUGUUAAUUGAUAACUCAUAAUUUCUUUUAAAAUUUAUGUAAAUUGUCAUUGACAUUGAAAAGCCAUUUUAGGGAAUGUCAAUUAAUAAAUUCAAUUUCAAAUUAAUUUCAGGGAGUUAAUUCGAGUCCGGUGGAGUUAUUUUUAGGUUUAAUAAUUAAACCUCAUUUUACUCCUGCCUCGUCCCCAGUCGCUUGCUAUCAAAUAAUUAAUUAGUAAAAGACGAAAAAAAAUUAAUGGGGGCGCGCGGGACGAUGGGAAGGGGAGGAGUUGCGGAGCGACUGGCAAAUCCUGCAUUCAAGAUGGCGACCGCUGCAAUUGUGGACGAAGGAUUGUCGUCCGGUUCAUAUUUGCAUUUCCGACUUUGGAGUGGGGAAGAUUAAAAUAUCUCGGCAAGUAUUUGCUCGCCCUUUAAAACGAAAACCACCAUUGAAAUCCUCAUAAAAUAACCUUUCGAACGGGGGAUCAAAUGCCGUCAUAACAUGACACAAACCAAAACGAUCGUAUAUUUACUUGCCGCUUGGCCAAACAUUCUUAUUUCUUAUCGAGAAAAACUUGAAUAUCUUCUAAACUCUUCAGAAUUCGCCGAAGUUAAUAGCAGUAAAAUAUUCCUUGUAUUCAAGCGAUUUUAUGUAGAGAGUUUCGUUUCAAUACGGCGAGCAGAAAUAUUUAUUUUGAAUUUUUCAAAAUAUCAGGUUUCUACUCGCACGCGCGUGCCACCGGCUGAAAUUUAGAUAUUUUUAAAUACCGAAAUAAAAGAUACAAAUUUGCAGAUACAAGCUGGAAAAUAACACUCUAAAUAGUGUGUUGGAUUGUGAUUCGAACAAGACUAAUACGAAAACGAUACGUUGAAAGGAGCCGAAGUUAUAUUCGGCGAAAGGUAUGGCUUAGUGAUACAUGGCCAUACAUUGUUUACAUUGUUCGAGUAUAUUGUAUAUAGGUAUGGUAUGGCUAGUUUACGUUGUUCGAGUAUCGCUAGUUUAUAUUUUAUGGCUAUCUACAGUGUUCGAGCAUAUAGUUACUUUCAAGCGGAAUUUUUUGGUGGUAUUUUCGUAUUUCUUCGUAUUUCUCAGCAUUUAGCCCAUUUGCAGAUUUUCGAGUAAAUUCGCAGAUUUUCGAGUCACGAUUUGGCAGGCCCUUAUUUUAAUUUUUUCGUCUUCCCAGCAUGCAUCACAACAGAUUUGUUCAGCCACUGAUCUAUAUAUUAAACUGAUAUGUCUAUAUAUACACUGAUCUACAAAUAGUAAGGGCCUGCGGAGGAGGCAGCGACAAACCCACCCACCCACCCACCCACCCACGCCAUUUAGCCAUGCUCUAUG